UCACCGGAAAGGGAGGAGUCGGGACCUGAGAGCGAGGUUUGGAACGCAGGAAGCAGAGAGCAGACACCGAGCUGGUUCUGGCCGAGCGCAUUUCGGAGGAAGCACCUCUUACUGCGCAGCCUGCUGGUGACAUGGACGUGAUGGGAGACGGAUAAUGACAGAGACCAGCAUAACCCAGGGCCGCUGCCUGAGGAUGAAUUUAGUAAUCCGGGGCCUCCUCCUCUUUCUCAUUGGGGUCUUCCUUGCUCUGGUUUUAAAUCUCUUGCAGGUUCAGAGACACGUCACUCUGUUUCCGCCAGAUGUCUUGUCCAGUCUCUUCUCUUCUGCCUGGUGGGUGCCCGUCUGCUGCGGCAGUGCAGCUGCUGCUAUUGGGCUCUUGUACCCGUGUAUUGAUCAGCACCUCGGUGAGCCGCACAGGUUUAAGAGAGAGUGGUCAAGCGUGAUGCGUUGUGUGGCUGUGUUUGUUGGUAUAAAUCACGCUAGUGCUAAGGUGGACUUUGCGAAUAACAUGCAGUUAUCCCUCACGCUGGCUGCUCUUUCCAUUGGACUGUGGUGGACCUUUGAUCGAUCGCGGAGUGGUUUAGGUCUGGGUAUUGGAAUCGCAGCACUCGCCACCCUUGUGUCCCAGCUUCUGGUGUAUAAUGGAGUUUAUCAGUAUACGUCACCUGAUUUCCUGUAUGUGCGAUCGUGGCUUCCGUGUAUAUUCUUUGCUGGUGGAAUUACGAUGGGAAACAUUGGCCGUCAGCUGGAGAUGUAUGAACGCAAAACCUUGAGGGAGAAAUCCCAUCGGGACUGAUGGUGCCAGGAAAUAAACCCCCGAGGAGAAGAAAGAAUGAAAUCCGAGCGUGGCUUAAAGAGGAAGCCGGAUCCUGCAAUCUGUGAUUGUACGUCUAUUCCACAAAGCAUCGUGCUAGUUCCUCAAUGGAAGCACAUUUAAUUCUCGUCUUGUGGACUGCCAAGAGAGCUGGCCUCGGCAGGGAAGACAUUUACCCCCAGAUGGACCAUAUUCUGUUACGAGAGGCUGAAUCGAGGAUUGUAGAAGGACCUUAAUGUUCGGAAAGAGGGGCCUCUGUUCCUCCCAUGUCAUGAUGAAGAAAACGAGCAAGAUAUUGUUUUAAUAAAUAUUUAAGAAUCA